GCCGUGGCGGGGAUACGUGGGGAGGGUGAGGAGCAGAGGCAGCCAGGCCCCAUCUACAGCCCUUCACCGAUGUGCCCUCGGCCCCUGCAGCCAAGGGGGUCCCUGGAAAAAGACACCGCCCAGCCCGGGGAUCUUUCCUGCAGAAGAGCCUCGGUCCAUUACUACUGUUUUGACUCCUGGGUCUGUACUGACUGGCAAUCUUAGUUUAAAGCAAAGUUCCAGUGUCAGUAUGUCCAGGCGCCAUGGCGUCCCCUGGUUGCUCACCUGGGUGGUGCUGAUCUGGCAGGCUGGAUGCUGCCUCCAGGAUUCCAUAGGAGCAGCGGGGACUUUCAGCCAUGUGCGUCCUUUCAGCAAUAAAUCAAACUUUGACCAAGGUUAUUGUGAAAGAAAAAGAAAAACAAAUAGUUUUAGUGUGUGGAGCCUUUCUUCAGAAAACCUCAUAGCUACACUGCCUGUUGAUACUAUUCCAGAAAACUCAAUUCGUGAAGUACGAGAUUGCAUUUUUUCAGUAGCCUAUCCUACUCCUUUUAGAUCUAGAGUUCUUCUUGUAGCAGUUUCAAAGGAUGUUCUGGAAGGUAUUUUGGACCUUGAUGUAUCUGUCAAAGAAACAGAUGAUUUUCUCCAGCUUGUCAGUGGUGGGAAAGUGGUUUUAGGGUCUAUUCCUCUGGCCCAUAGGUAUGGAGGCCAUCAGUUUGGUAGCUGGGCAGGUCAGCUGGGUGAUGGAAGAGCCCACUUGAUUGGAGUGUACACAAACAGGUAUGGUGAGAGAUGGGAAUUACAGUUGAAAGGUUCAGGAAAAACUCCAUAUUCAAGAAAUGGUGAUGGAAGAGCUGUGCUUCGCUCCUCUGUGCGAGAAUUUUUGUGCAGUGAGGCCAUGCACUACCUUGGAAUUCCUACAAGCAGAGCAGCUAGCUUAGUUGUAAGUAAUGAUGAUGUGUGGAGAGACCAGUUUUACAAUGGAAGUGUUAAAAAAGAAAGAGGUGCAAUAGUCCUGCGUGUUGCCAAAUCGUGGUUUCGUAUAGGUUCCUUGGAAAUUUUAGCUCAUUCUGGGGAACUGGACUUGCAAAGGACACUGCUAGACUUUGUCAUACAAGAACAUUUUCCAUCAGUAAAUAUGAAUGAUUCAAAUAGAUAUUUGGACUUUUUCUCUAGAGUGGUAUUGGAGACUGCAAAUCUGAUUGCAUUGUGGAUGUCAGUGGGAUUUGCUCAUGGUGUGUGCAAUACAGAUAACUUCAGUUUGUUAUCCAUAACAAUAGAUUAUGGUCCAUUUGGUUUUAUGGAGUCCUAUGAUCCAAAUUUUGUUCCAAACACAUCUGAUGAUGAAAGGAGGUAUAAAAUAGGAAACCAAGCAAAUGUUGGGAUGUUUAAUCUGAACAAGCUGUUACAAGCUCUAAAACCUGUAUUGGAUCGCAGACAAAAGCAGCUUGCUUUCCAGAUUCUGGAGGGAUACUCUGAGCAUUAUUAUACCCGUUUUACAGAACUAUUUAGAGCAAAAUUGGGUCUCCUUGGGGAGAGUGAGGAUGAUAACUAUUUGAUUGCAUUUCUCCUAAAACUCAUGGAAGAUACAAAGGCUGAUUUUACAAUGGCAUUUCGGCAGCUCAGUGAGAUUACUCAAGACCAGCUAAAAGAGCUCCGUAUUCCUCAGGAAUUCUGGGCUCUGCAGGACCUUGCUAAACACAAGUUUUUUUCAGACUGGGUUACUAUAUACCUCUUGAGAUUAGGACGUAACAUGGGUGAUUCAGACAGUACAAGAAGAAAAAGAAUGACAGCUAUCAAUCCUAGAUAUGUACUUAGGAAUUGGAUGGCAGAAUCAGCAGUACGAAAAGCUAAAAUGAAUGACUUUUCAGAGGUUCAUCUCCUGCAGGAAGUUUUACAACAUCCGUUUCAGAGGCAAGCAGCAGCAGAGAAAGCUGGCUAUUCACUACGCUCACCUUCUUGGGCCAAAGACCUUAAAGUCAGCUGUUCAUCCUGAUGAAGAGCAGCUGAAGCAAGAGAAAAUGAGUGGGGUCAGAGCUCAAGCCUUCAAACUGGUGUGGGGGAACUAGACAACACUACCUGCUUUCUCACUGUAGGCGUGGUUCUUUCCGAACUGCUGUGUGAAAUUUUGACCAGGUUUGUCAAGAGAAAUGGAGCUCUGCAUGGUUCUAUCAGUAGGUAAUUUGCUGGCAUUUCUAGCUCUGACCCACAUACCUAUUUAUGCAUUAAUUUGUGUCCUAGAGAAAAUAGAGUUCAGUCAGGCUGUCACAUUAACCUCCCUAAAUCCAUCCUCUUAGUGCUGUGUCUUGAUUAGUUGUUUCUAGAUGAGUUUAAAAUUUGCCUGACAUAGUUUUAAUCAUGGAAUAUUUUCAUUAAUGUCGCCACUAGGUGUGACACACUGUUCAAAUAUAAUUAUAUUCUGUUUUGAAUAAGGUAUUUGGAGAUUUGAAGCAGGAAGCAAAUCCAGAUCUUAGCUGGACAGGAUUAGUAUUGCAAAAUGGUUCCUUACUAAGUUUUAUGUAGGUGACCUCAUUGCUUCCCAUUAAACCGCCAAAUAGUUUUUUAAGGAAAUUAAAUUAAAUGGUGAGCAAAUUUAUCUAUGGAAUGAAUUGUCCAAGAGUAAAGUGGGAUGUUCUUUGUAUACCCAGAUAUCUAUGGGCUUAGCUCACCCCACUUCCAAUUUUUAGCAUUUGACAGCAUUAAGAUUUAUUUUGUACUGGUGUAAUUCCUCAGGGAAUGUCUGCUAGCUGGAUAUGGACUCUUCCUGAAGAUAACUCAGUAUAUAAAUUUAAAUUAGAUCAAGAUGCCUUUCAUACCCACUUUCCAGCUGUGCAGUGGAAGUCUAGCAAAAAAAGCUGGAAAAAAUGGAGAUAUUGCUGAAAGUGUGUCACUUAACAAUCCAAUGGAUAAAUAUGUAGAGAUGCUAGUCUUCCCAUCCUUAGAGAUUGAGAUUGCCUUCCAUUAUGAGCCUUUAAUUUCAUAAUUAUAAUGUUAUGGAAGGGUAGUAUUUUUCUGGGCUGUUUUAAGGUAAAUUAAAUUAUUUGGAAGAUCUGAGGGUUCAAGAAUGAGGUGAUCUUGUUACCCUAAAAUUUUAGACCUCAGUUAUGUUAGCCUAUGAUAGCGCUUAUAAUUUAACUAAAGGGUAACAAGGUUGUGGUUGCCCUAAAAGAAUUGCCAGGAUGUUACCAGGGGGCUUGUCUCAGAUCCACAGAGGGCUCCCCAAAGAAAGCUAGUCUUACUAACCCCUAAAAGGACACACAUACAGCCUUCCGUUCAAGGAUGGACACACAAGCAGUAAUUCUUCGAAAACCAAAGAAUUGUCUAUUUAAGGAAAUAAGUGGUUAUUUCAAUGUAUUUAAUGAAGCAAGAAAGAAUACAUAGACUAUAGUAAAACGCAACAGAAUUACAUUUAAAAGCGACGCAAUAAAAUAAAAGACCAGGCUAUAUAGGAUAACUAUCACAUACAGGAAAUACAGUAGUUUCAAUGUAACAUGCGCAUAGAGAUUCCCGUAUACACAAAGGCUUUUCGCUUUAGUGAUACAGUUUAACCCUGUACUUAAUACCAUGUGGUAUACGUGACCUCUGUACACACAUGAAAAACCAUUACCAUAUUCACAGAUUAAAAAUAAACAUUUACUUGACAUCAA